UUGGGCAGAGUGAACCCUCUCGCUUCGCGUCUUCCUCUCUGUCGCGAAUCAGCUGAUCAGGAACUCCCCAAACUGUAGUAAACGUGACAGUACGAUGGGAAUUGGCUAUAUCAAAUCGAGUUUUGCCAUGUUUGGGAUGUUAAGAACAUCACGAACACCCCCUGUAUUCUUCGCUUUUUGUAAUUCAGUCAUGCUCUGUGUCGACAACUAAUGGAAUCGUGGACAAAAGAAAACGGUGUUGAGCAUUGAGGUGCCGGCCAGCGCAGUGCAGGAAUGGAUCCUCUGGGAGCACGCUCUCAGUUUGUGGAGGUCCAGACUCUGUCCACCUGGGAGUGGCAGCCGGACCCUGAGGGAGAGGAGAAGGAGUACAACUUCAGCCAGCAGGCCUUCCUAUCCCCCUUCCCCUACAGAGAGGACAUCAACAGGAAAAUAGUGCUCUAUAAUGGCAAUGUUGCCCUGCUGAACUGCACAGCGAUCGUAAACACGAGUAAUGAGACUCUGACGGACAAGAACCCUAUCUCUGAGAGCAUCCACACUUACGCUGGGCCUGAACUUCGAGACGAGAUGCUCAAACUGAAAGGAUGUCGGACAGGCGAGGCAAAGAUGACCAAAGGCUUUAACCUGGCGGCGCGCUUUAUCAUCCACACGGUGGGCCCCAAGUACAAAACCAAGUACAGGACGGCUGCUGAGAACUCCCUGUACAACUGCUAUAGGAACGUCAUGCAGCUCGCCAAAGAGCAUGCUAUGGCAUCUGUGGCCGUCUGUGUGGUCAGCACAACUAAGAGAGGAUACCCACUGGAGGACGCCACACACAUUGCCCUCAGAACGGUCCGCAGGUUUCUGGAGAACUAUGGAGAGAGCAUAGAGACGGUGGUGUUCGCUGUGACAGACACAGAAGAGCCCACAUACAGGAAACUGCUGCCUCUCUACUACCCUCGUUCUGAGGAAGAGGAGCGUGCCAGCCUGCCCCUAAUCCCGACUGACAUCGGGAACUCUGAAGGUGAGCCUGUAGUCCCAGAGAGACAGAUCCGCAUCGCCGAGAAACCAGGCUGUCUGGAAGUUGACUCUGAGGUGGAGAUUCUAGACUCAGACCUGGGCCAGGUGGGGACUCAUGCGUUUUCCCGGAUGGAGGGAGAUGUGGACAAACAGCGCAAACUAAUCCUGCAGGGCCAGCUGUCUGAUGCAACCAUGCAGAAACAGCACCAGAGAAAUUAUUACCGCUGGUUAUGUCGAGCCAGAGCAGAGGACUUGUCUGACAUAGCAGCACUGAAAGCCUUAUAUCAAACUGGUGUUGACAUGUGUGGCAGGACAGUGAUGGUUCUUGUGGGCAGAAAUAUUCCUGUCACCCUCAUCGACAUGGAAAAGGCCCUGCUGUACUUCAUCCAUGUCAUGGACCACAUCACAGUGAAGGAGUAUGUAAUGGUUUACUUUCACACUCUGACCGGAGAACACAACCAUCUGGACUCUGAAUUCCUUAAGAAGCUUCAUGAGAUUGUAGACACGAAGUUUAAGAAUAACUUGAGGGCUUUCUACUUUGUACACCCCUCUUUUCGCUCUAAGGUGUCCACCUGGUUCUUCACUACAUUCAGUGUGUCAGGGCUGAAGCAGAAGGUCCAUCAUGUAGAGACCCUCCAGCAGCUAUUCACCUGUAUCCUGCCUGAACAGAUAGACAUCCCUCCCUUUGUCCUGGAGUACGAUGCACGGGUGUGAACCAAUCAGAACUCCAGCAGAGAGAGAGAAAAGCCAAGGACUCUGAGGGUGUUUCUCAAAAUGCAUACUUCCAUAUUCCACGCAAAUAGGCACACGGGAGGGUUGAAGUAUGAGUCCAAAUCAAAGUAUGCGAAACAGCACCGAAGGCACUUCUUGAAUGCACACUCUGUUUUGUACAUAUUUUGAAGUAUGCAUUGAUGCUAGCUUCAAUGGAAAGUAUUAAGGAAAUAUGAUGCAACAACGUUAGAAAUGAUGGAGAAUUUCCUGAAAUCAUUGGUGGCCAUUAUUUUAGCUGAAGCAGAGUAAAUACACUCCGACAUGUUGCCUAUUCACAUCUCAAAUGUUUCCUGGCUACAAUACUUUAUCAUUAUAUGUUAAUAAAUACAUGCUGUGUUAAUUUUGGCAUGUUUAACUGCCUACGGACCGUAGAUAACAAGCACAUAAGUCAAUAGGGCUAACUGGCUAGCUACCACUGUUAGCCAGCCAGAUAGCUACAAAUAAUUGACAUAUUGCAAAAUAUUAGCUUUAGGUCAUUUUUGCCUGUUAAUGAAGUAUCUGGUUAGCUACAUUUACGAUUCUCAUAUCUAGCUGAUAAUUAUAAAGUAAAAUGUUGCUUUGUGAAUAUCUUGUUUUGUCUUGUUGCCAUUGUGGCUGGAAGAAGGUUCAGUGACGGGGGAGGUAAAGCGUGAGGUAAUACAGUAGGGGGAGUGCGAGUGCUUCUCAGAUGUGAUGUGUUAUGCAUUCUCCACACUCUCGUCCUCAUAAGAACAUACUCAGUGAGAGUGUGGAGCACGGUAUGCAUAUUGAGAAACACCCCGAGACUCAUUCUGCAUUCAUAUCCAAGUGAGAAGGAGGUUUCUACCACAUACGACUGGGAAAAAUCCACUUGAAUGCCCCUCCAACUAGUAAUUACUAGUGGGAACCUUGUCUAUCACCCCUGCGCUCCAACCACAUAAUUUUCAGCAGAUAAAUGCAACAACAAAGCAAUAUGUAUUAAUAUGGUUUGUGAACACUCAUUUGUUUACAAGCAUAAUAGCUGUACUUUUAAUUUAUGGUUGAGGCAGCUGGUUUGCUAUAAAAAAUAGAGUUGCACACUAUGAACUCCCAGUAAUUUAUUGGGUAAACCAACGUUUUGGCAUCCUUGUGCCGCCUUGACCUGGUUCAAGCAUUCAUGACAUUACCCUUUAUGUGGACAAACGGUGCAACCAAUGACAACAGUGAGGGGUGUGUCAGGGUUAUUAGAAUUAAUUGAGUGACACUGUUAAGACUAUAGUUUACAGCAUGAAUAUAUUAGGCUAUUAUCAUAUGGCAACAUAAUUAGAUAUUCUACAUAAUAUUAGCAUCAACAUACAUUGUUUAAAUUAAUUUCACAGUAACAGCCAGAAGUUUGGACACACUCGUUCUAGGUUAGUUAAAAAAAUUAAAUAAAACUUUUCUACAUUGUAGAAUAAUAGAGACAUCAAAACUAUGAAAUAACACAUGGAAUCAUGUAGUAACCAAGAAAAGUGUUAAACAAAUCAAAAUAUAUUUGAGAUUCUUCAAAGUAGCAACCUUUUGCCUUGAUGACAGCUUUGCAAACUCUUGGCAUUCUCUCAAACAGGUUCAUGAGGUAGUCCCCUGGAAUGCAUUUCAAUGAACAGGUGUGCCUUGUUAAAAGUUAAUGCAUUUGAGCCAAUUAGUUGUGUUAUGACAAGGUACAGUAGAGUUGGUAUACAGAAGAUAGCCCUAUUUGGAGAAAAAAAAAGUCCAUAUGGCAAGAACAGCUCAAAUAAGCAAAGAGAAACGACAGUCCAUCAUUACUUUAAGACAUGAAGGUCAGUCAAUACGGAAAAUUUCAAGAACUUUUAAAGUUUCUUCAAGUGCAGUCGCAAUGUGUAUUUUCCACCGUGAAGCAUGGAGGAGGAGGUGUGAUAGUGCUUUGCUGGUGACACUGUCUGUGAUUUAUUCAGAAUUCAAGGCACACUUAACCAGCAUGGCUACCACAGCAUUCUGCAGUGAUGAUGCCAUUUUAUCUGGUUUGCAUUUCGUGGGACUAUCAUUUGUUUUUCAACAGGACAAUGACCCAACACACCUCCAGGCUGUGUAAGGGCUAUUUGACCAAGAAGGAGAGUGAUGGUGUGCUGCAUCAGAUGACCUGGCCUCCACAAUCACCUGACCUCAACCCAAUUGAGAUGGUUUGGGAUGAGUUGGAUUGCAGAGUGAAGGAAAAGCAGCCAACAAGUGCUCAGCAUAUAUGGGAAUUCCUUCAAGACUGUUGGAAAAGCAUUCCAGGUGAAGCUGGUUGAAAGAAUGCCAAAAGUGUGCAAAGCUGUCAUCAAGGCAAUGGGUGGCAACUUUGAGGAAUCUAAAAUAGCAUAUUUAGCAUAUAUAACACUCUUUGGUUACUACAUGAUUCCAUGUGUUAUUUCAUAGUUUGUCUUCACUAUUAUUCAACCAUGUAGAAAAUAGUACAAAUUUAGAAAAACCCUUGAAUGAGUAGGUGUGUCCAUAUUCUUGACUGGUACUGUAUACAUUUAAUUGUUUCCAAUUUAAUAAAAUGUUUGUUACAUGUCAUCUUUUGGUUCAACCAUAAUGCAUAAUAAGCAUCUUGGGUGUACACUGAUAAGCUGUAGAAAGAAUAUAUUCAUUAAUAAGACUUUAAGAGUUCAAAGCAUGUGAGUGCAUCCAACUGGUAAUUAACACUUUCAUACUUGGUUAUGAACGCAGCAUAACUACAUCUACAGUCACAUGACUGGCUCCACUUCCAUGUUCUGACCGGCAGGACCCCUGUGGUUUAGCUCUCUGACCAGACUAUAAGCCACCCAGGGCCUCAGUGGGCUUUGUCUGGGACCUCACAAGGACAGUAUACCGGACGCUGACACUCUGAAAAGCCUGGAUACUGAUGAACCUAAAAUGAUGUUUUUAUUAGCAGUGUGAUGCAAUCAGAUGACAGACGGAUGUAUCUCUCUGUGACGGAGCCUGUGUGAACUCACCAACCUAUCCCAGGACACUCCGCUGGCCUAUCUUAAAAACCUGCCCUCCUGUGUGUGUGUGUGAGAGUGACAUCGCUCAUGUUAUGUUUCACAUUUUUUAUUUUUGCAAAACUUCACCGAAUGGUAGGUUUUGGAUGUUGUAUAUGUUCACAAGCUGUUUAAAUGUGAAUCUGUUUUUAGGUCAAAUCAAA